CUCCUGAACCACCAAGCCUGAACUCUUACCACAUCACUCAGACGCUACACGGCAGCAAGCUGCGCCUCGUUUUAUAACAGAAAUUGACGUCGGGUGCGCCGACGGAUAUUGUAUUGGUCAUGUCCUCCUCCUGUGACGCUCUCCUCAAAGCACUCAAGGAAUGCCUUCUCAAUUCCGACUGUGUCCAAAAGCAAGGACGUCUUCCAUCAGAGUGUAUCAAGCAACACAGCAAUGAACUACCGGAGCAAUGCCAGCUACUCAGGAAGUCCACUUUCGAGUGCAAACGCAAUAUGCUGGAUAUGAGGACGCGGUUUCGAGGUAACACAGUGGGCAUGGAUGCGGAGAAGCUGAGACAGCAGAAAACAACUCCACCUCCCGCAGAAUCAUGAGGGAUGACUUUGCUGCAGCCUUUUAACUGUCAUGCAAGUCCUAUCACGACGGUGAUACCCAUGAUUAAUCAUUCUUCAUUAGAAGUUCGGUAUCUCUCCACUGGUGAUCAAUAGAAGUUGUAUCGAUCACACUUGUCGUUGUAGCACAGUCUUUCCGAAAUCACAGAAAGUGUUCACCACUGCGAACCAUACUACUCCUGC